CAAAACAUUCGAAUUGAUCCCUUCAUAAACAAUCGGUCGAUAGGCAUUGCAUUGUCCAUCAUCAAUUUUUAUUUUUCCAACAAAUAACGAUUCAAUAUUUCGGUUUUGAUCAUGGCCAAUGAUCAGAUUAAUCAGAUUGUCAUCAUCGAUAAUGGUGCACAUACGAUGAAAGUCGGAUUACACACUGAUACGACACCAAGAUUAAUACCGAAUUGUGUGACAAAAGUGAAGAAUGAAAAACGUCGACCAUUCAUCGGCGAUCAAAUGGAUGAAUGUAAAGAUUAUUCGGGAAUGUUUUACAUUUUACCAUUCAAUCGUGGCUAUCUCCUCAAUUGGGAUGUACAGCGACAGAUUUGGGAUUAUGUUUUUCGUGUCGUGUUGAAACUACAAGCGGACAACAAAAAUCGUUAUUCCCAUACGGGUAUAUUGAUCACUGAGCCAGUAUAUAAUUUCCCCGAAAUAAGACAAACUAUGAUCAAAAUUUUAUUCGAAGAAUAUGGUUUCGGCAAAGUAUUGAUUACAUCGGCACCUGAAUUGGCUGCAUUCCACUAUGUACAUGAUGAAAUUCGCAAAAAUACAACGACCACGUCCACAUUGAAAUGUCGAACAAAAACAGAAAUUGAUCCAUCCUGUUGUCUUGUGCUUGAUUCGGGAUAUUCAUUCAGUCAUGUAGUACCAUUUGUUGAUGGCCAUAAAUUGUUGUCACAUGCAAAACGUAUUAAUGUCGGUGGAAAAGCAUUGACCAAUCAUCUGAAAGAAAUCCUUUCCUACAGACAGAUUAAUGUGUUGGAUGAAACAUAUGUUGUGAAUCAAAUGAAAGAAGAUUGUUGCUAUGUAUCGCUGGAUUUUUGGCAUGAUCUCGAAUUGGCAUCGAAAAAAUCAUCGAUAGAUAACCCGAUUGUGCGAGAUUAUAUACUUCCGGAUUAUAUUGUCUAUAAACGCGGAUUUGUUUAUGACUCUGACAAACAUAGUGACAUUAAUAAAUCUGAUUAUCAAUUGAUACGAAUGAAUAAUGAACGUUUUCAAGUGCCCGAAAUUCUUUUCCAUCCAAGUGACAUCAACAUGGACCAGAUCGGUAUUGUCGAAACAAUCAUCUAUUCAUUGAAUGAAUUUCAUCCAGCAUUUCGAUUAUUGUCAGCCAAACAGGCCGGAGAUGGCAAUGGUGAUAAUGGUUCGAUUGAUAAUGCCAAUACGGUCGUUCAUCAUCAUGGUAGUCGUGAACGUCCAGAAAAUCUGAAAGAUAUCGAUAGUGAUGAAGAAGAUGAGGAAGAAGAAGAAGUUGAUGACGAUGAUGACGAUGUUGAUGAAGAUGAGGAUGAAGGCAAUGAUGGUGAUGAUGAAGGGAAAGAGGAAAAUGGACGAAAUGGAAAUGGUGUCGAUUCUGUACGACCACCGGAUGCGAAACAACAACGAUUAUCACAAGUUCAAUGUACGAAUGGUUCGAUUGUUGAGCAAUCUAGUGAGGAUGGCCUUGAAAUGUAUGAUGAUGAAAAUAUUCGUGCCCGAUUAUACGGCAAUAUCCUAUUAAUCGGUGGUAAUUGUCGUUUUGCCAAUUUUCGUGAUCGUGUUUAUAACGAUCUACGUGGUUAUGUGCCCGAUCUGAUUGAUGUACAUGUAUAUGAACCAGCGAAUCCCAUCACCUAUGCAUGGCAAGGUGGUCGUAUCCUUUGCCAUCAAAAUGAUGAUGGUGGUGGUAAUCAUCGUCAGCCAUCAGUGAAGAAUAAUAAAAUCAAUAAUAAUAAUCAUCAUCAUCAAAGUCUAUAUCACCGAUAUGCUGUAUCACGACAACAAUAUCAACAAUAUGGCCUCAAUUAUUGUCAGGAAAAAUUGACAAAUUAUCGUCUAAUGGUGAAUAAUAAUAGUAGUUGAUUCAAUUUCAAAUUUAAUUUAAUUUUAUAUAUCCAUUACAUACAUAGACUCAUGAUGAAUUGUAUAUAAGGAUUUUGAUCAAACAAAAGCAAAACAAAAAAAAAA